AUGGGUAUACCGGUGUUCGACGACACUCUGGAAGAUGUUUCCAAGCUCUCAGGGCCGGAACAGCUCAUCGCACAGUUUGGGCGCCUUCACAUCCUCGAUGACUUGAUCCGCCUGCGGGCAUCAGAUGCCAUCCAGAAACCUAUCUUGGCGUAUCCGAAGCCCUCACAGGAUGGUUCCCCUGCUUCGUAUGAGUACUUCACGGGACAGGACCUCGACUGCAUGGUCGAUCUGGCCGUCUGCCAAUUGAUGGAGUAUGGUUUUAAACCGCCUCGCCGUGACGGCAGCAUCGUCGCCCUAUUCACCCUCUCAGAUCUCAACAUGGUCGUCACAUUCUUCGCCCUCAGCCGUCUAGGAUACACCGUCAUGAUGUUGUCUCCCCGUCUCUCCCCCGCGGCCUGCGUGUCCCUCCUAGACACCGUCGGCUGCGACACCAUCAUGUAUGGCCAGAAUGCUAGCAUCCGAUCAACCAUGGGAGAGAUCCUCCGACUCAAACUGGUAGCAUGCCGGCCCAUGGUCCAGCGGGCGUCCCUCGGGGAAGUAGCCGAAGACUCCACAUUCAUGGUGCUUCAACGGCAUCGCAACCCAGGGCUUCAAAAGGAGAAAAUCGCUCUCAUCCUCCACUCGUCCGGGUCCACCGGAAACCCCAAACCCCUCUACCUGAGCCACAAAGCCUUGAUGACGCACCCCAUGAGGGGUCCGGGCCUCACGUCCUUCAACUCCCUCCCGUGGUACCACCUCCAUGGUUUAUCCACCGCCCUGCAAGCCAUGUACAUGAAGAAGACUGCGUUCAUGUGGGACGCAGCACUGCCUUUGACUGCCAACACAGUUGUGCCUGCCCUGGAGGCAGCGCGGCCCGAGUCAGUCCAGGGCGUUCCAUACCUCCUUCAACUCCUUGUAGACAGUGACAGAGGUUUGGACGCGCUCCGAGAAUGCAGAUUAGUGACAUACGGCGGUGCUCCGUGUCCAGACGAACUGGGCAAUCGGCUCGUCGAAGAACAAGUGCGAUUUGGGGGGUCAUUUGGCCUGACCGAGGCCGGCCUCGUCGCUGAAUCCAUCUCUCGCCCUGAGGGCGAUCCAUUUUGGAACUACCUGAAGUUCUUCGAAAACAUCCAACCGUUCAUAUGGAUGAAGCCUAUCGGCGACUCGCUAUACGAAUGUGUAUACCUCCAGGGCCACCCGGCUCUGACGUCUUCGAAUUCUAAUGAGCCCCCAGGCUCAUACCACUCACGGGACGUAUUCACACCACACCCUACGAUCCCAAACCGGUGGAAGUACAUGUCACGACUGGACGACCGAGUCGUCCUGCUCAACGGCGAGAAAGUUCUCCCGUUGCCGAUUGAAGGGUGCAUCAAGCAAAGCCCCCUCAUCCAGGAAGCUGUCGUCUUUGGCGUCGGCAAGACCGUCCCCGGACUGCUGGUCUUCCGGUCGGACGACACCCACCAAUUCCCCGACAAGGAGUACAUGAGCUUGAUCUGGCCCACGAUCGAGGACGCCAACUCGCGAGCGGAGCAGUUCUCGCAAAUAUCGCGGGACAUGGUUGUAGUCUUACCUAGUGACUCUGUGUGCCCUCGCACAGACAAAGGCUCAAUGAUCCGCGCCCAGGUGUACGCCAAAUACGACAGCGUCAUCAACGAGAUGUACACGAGAGUGGAGCAUAGCGCGGAAGGGUCGCUGAUACUGAGCCUGGACGCGACUAAAUCCCACCUUCUGCGCCUCUGUCAAGACGAGCUCGGGUUCCCGCUAUCCGGCGCCAAUGGGGAGUUCUUCGCAGAGGGUAUGGACAGUCUGAAAGCCAUCCAUCUGCGUCGUCUGAUCCUGCGGGAUUUCAGGAUCGAAGACAGCAAGAGAAUCGGUCAGAAUAUUGUUUUCGAGACCGGGUCCGUCUCGCGGUUGGCAGAGCAGAUCGUUGCUGUACAGAGCGGGCAAGAGACGAUUGUCGAAGACGAGGUAUCGCUGAUGCCAGGCCUCAUUGAAAGAUACUCCACCUUCUGUAAACAUACGCCCGACCCGAGACGCGUCUCCAACUCCAGGAGCGUGGUCCUGACCGGUGCGACCGGCUCCAUGGGCGCUCACAUCCUCCACAAGCUCCUCAACGACGACUCCGUAUCGACAGUCUACUGCCUAACACGACGGAGCCGACCAACGGAAGCAGUCCUAGACGCUCUCGCACAAAAGGGUCUAUCCGUCCUGCCACACCGACGAGAGAAGAUCAUCGCAUUGAACAGCGCCUUGGACCAACCUGACCUCGGCCUGGACGAGGGCAUGCUCAACCAGAUGAAGCAGUCCGUCUCACUGAUCAUCCACACGGCAUGGCCAGUCAACUUCAACCUCCCCCUCCUCAGCUUCGAACCCCACAUCAAGGGAGUCCACAACCUCAUCAACCUGUCCCUAUCAGUGACGUUGUCCUCCCCAGCCGUGAUGCUCUUCUGCUCGUCCAUCUCCACCGCCCUCGGCGCGUCCUCACGCGCCGUAGACGAAACACCCAUCGACGAUCUCACCAGCGCGCUCGAAAUGGGCUACGGCCGGUCGAAGCUGAUCGGCGAGCACAUUGUCAGCAACGCGCGACAAGCCGGUGCGCGGGCGUUCUCGCUCCGCAUCGGACAGAUAUCCGGCCACUCCAAACGGGGCCUCUGGAAUGACUCCGAAGCGAUGCCGCUGAUGAUCCGGUCGGCGCUGACGCUGAACGCGCUGCCGGAGCUGGACACGACGUGCUCGUGGCUCCCCGUCGACAAGCUGGCUUGCUCAAUGCUAGAGAUUGCCAAAGCGUGCGCUGCGAACUCGCUUGAGCCGCGUGGGCGCGACCCCGCGACGGGGAAGCUCGUCGACGACACAGUCUACAAUCUGACAAAUUCUCGCACGUUUUCGUGGGCCGAGAUGCUCGGGGCGCUACGACGGAGCGGGUUCCGCUUUGAGACGGUGUCGUUCGACCGGUGGCUUGACCUGAUGAAGGCGAGCGAAGCCAGGGGAGAAGAAGCCGUCAACCCAGCUGUCAAGCUGGUCGCGCAUUACCAGUCGAUGUAUGGUGAAGACUCACCUGCUGCCCCUUCCUUUCUCACGGAGAAGGCCGAGCGGGACAGUGUAACGUUGAGGAACGGUCGGUUGAGGAUCGUACAGGAUGGAAUAUUGGGUCGAUAUGCACAGGAUUGGCUACGGAGGUGGACGACGAUCUGAUCACGAUUCGAUCAUGACUUUGUAUAUAUUAGCGUUUUUCGGUUUGCGCACAACUGUC